GUUCUUUCAGUUGCCGGAGAAGAAUGGUAACAUGAACAGCGGAGCGUGAGAGCGUCACGCGGGAAGGGGAAGAGAUUGAUGGGCAGAGCGCUCACUUCGCGGAAGAGCACGUUCCCGGGGCUGCGCGAGGCGAAGCGGCGCGGCGCCUCCACUCCCUGGCUGGACUCCGCUGACAUCUGUAGCCUCCCUUCCAGCAGGCUCCCCGCUCGCCAGCCGCCGCCUGCCGAGGACAGUUGAGACCGCGCGUGAGCAUCCAGGAGUUUGUGGACCUCCAUCCGAACAGGAGUUGUGUUCCGGAGUCCCUGGAUCCGCGUGGAGCCCUCCAGCACGCUGGCUUCGGAGGGAGUUGAACUUGAGUUCAGAUGCCCAACUCCCUCUGAAUCGUGCAGACUGGUGCUGAGCACGCAACAAAAGUUUUUAGCUUCUCCUCAGUUUCUGGUGCUUCGCAGGGGAGAGGAAAGGACUUUGGCAUUAAACACAAGAACCAGUCAGGGAGCCAUCUCCUUUAACUUUUCUUCUCUGUUAUCAUUUGCAAUGAAGAGGAAACAGAAGAGAUUUCUGCAGAUGACUUUGUUAUUCAUGGUGGCUUUAAUUUUCCUGCCCAAUAUUGGUCUCUGGUCUCUGUACAAGGAUAAGCACCUGGUGAAAUCUACAGAACCCGGGGAGCAGCAGACAUUUCCACUGGGCCUGGGAGAUGGGCAAUUCUAUGCAUGGACAGAUGGUUUGAGAAGAAAGGACUGGCAUGACUAUGAAAGCAUUCAGAAAGAGGCUAUGCGCUCAGGGAAAGGUGAGCAUGGGAAACCUUACCCCCUCACUGAAGAGGACCAUGAUGACUCAGCUUACAGGGAAAAUGGUUUCAAUAUUUUUGUCAGCAACAAUAUUGCUCUAGAGCGGUCCCUGCCAGAUAUUCGCCAUGCUAAUUGUAAGCACAAGAUGUACCUGGAAAGGCUGCCAAACACCAGCAUCAUUAUCCCAUUUCAUAAUGAAGGUUGGACUUCACUCCUGCGUACUAUCCACAGUAUAAUUAACCGAACCCCAGAGAGUCUGAUAGCAGAAAUCAUUCUAGUAGAUGACUUCAGUGAUAGAGAACACUUGAAGGAUAAAUUAGAAGAAUAUAUGGCCCGAUUUUCCAAAGUAAGGAUCGUUCGCACCAAGAAAAGGGAAGGGCUCAUCCGGACCCGACUCUUGGGGGCAUCUAUGGCAAGAGGAGAAGUCUUAACGUUCCUGGACUCCCACUGCGAGGUCAAUGUGAACUGGCUGCCCCCUCUCCUUAACCAAAUUGCACUAAACCACAAAACCAUCGUGUGCCCCAUGAUCGAUGUCAUUGACCACAAUCACUUUGGGUAUGAGGCACAAGCUGGGGAUGCCAUGCGAGGCGCCUUCGACUGGGAAAUGUACUACAAAAGAAUCCCCAUUCCUCCAGAGCUCCAGAGGGCAGAUCCCAGCGACCCUUUUGAGUCUCCCGUUAUGGCUGGAGGUCUCUUUGCUGUGGAUCGAAAGUGGUUUUGGGAGUUGGGUGGCUAUGACCCAGGUUUAGAAAUCUGGGGAGGAGAACAAUAUGAAAUCUCUUUUAAGGUUUGGAUGUGUGGAGGAGAAAUGUUUGAUGUCCCAUGUUCUAGAGUUGGUCAUAUCUACAGAAAGUAUGUCCCUUAUAAAGUUCCAUCUGGGACCAGCCUGGCAAGAAACCUGAAGCGUGUGGCUGAGACCUGGAUGGAUGAAUUUGCUGAGUACAUUUACCAGCGACGCCCAGAAUACAGGCACCUGUCCACCGGGGACAUCUCGGCCCAGAAGGAGCUGCGCAAACAGCUCAAGUGCAAGGACUUCAAGUGGUUCAUGGCUGCAGUGGCCUGGGAUGUGCCUAAGUACUACCCUCCGGUGGAGCCCCCACCAGCCGCCUGGGGGGAGAUUCGAAACGUGGCAGCAAAUCUCUGUGUGGACAGCAAGCACGGAGCCACAGGCACCGAGCUGAGGUUGGAUAUCUGUGUCAAGGACGGUUCUGAAAGGACGUGGUCUCAUGAACAGCUCUUUACUUUGGGAUGGAGAGAAGACAUCCGACCCGGGGAGCCACUUCACACCCGAAAAUUCUGCUUCGAUGCAAUCUCGCACAACAGCCCGGUCACUCUCUAUGACUGUCACGGCAUGAAGGGGAACCAGCUCUGGGGAUACAGAAAGGACAGAACAUUAUUCCAUCCUGUGAGCAACAGCUGUGUGGACUGCAACCCCGCAGAGAAGAAGAUUUUCAUGGCCAGAUGUGACCCUCUAUCUGAGACUCAGCAGUGGGUUUUUGAACAUCUUAAUAUGACUGUUUUAGAAAAAUUUAACCACCAUGCCAGCUCCUAG